AUGGUUCAAACACUGCGAAGACCGUGGCAAGAAGCGGCAAGCAGUGCUUUUGCCGUCGCCAGUGCUCUUCCGGUGACUAUGAAUAGUCAGCAGAUUGCCGAGCUCUUCGAACAGGUUGAGCGCGGUGAAUCAGAACUGCGAUGUGCCUUAACAGCAGAAUUUUCAACUCUCAGGAACGCUAACGGAGAAUCUCUGCUCAUCGUUGCAGUUAGAGUUGGAAAUACACCAGUAGCAAAACAAUUGGCUCACUUGGAUCCAGAAUCGGUUGAUGAAACAGAUAAUGAAGGCUGGAGUGCUCUUCUCAAUGCUGCCCAUGGUGGCCAUGUGGAUAUUGUUCGAUUAUUAAUAGAAGCAGGGGCAGCUGUUGAUCAACCCGAUUUAAUGGGAUGGAGUCCUCUAAUGUGGGCAGUUUACAAGAAUCAUUUAGAUGUUGUAGAUCUACUUAUCAAUUCAAGAGCUCAUGUAAAUCUUAUUGACGAGGAAGAUGGCUUAACUCCUUUAAUUGUCGCAUCUGGUCGAGGAUUCUCUCAAAUUGUCGAGCGCUUAAUCGAAUCAGAUUGCCAGGUGAACGCUUGUGACAAAUUUGGAAGUACUGCUUUAAUUUGGGCGGCUCGAAAAGGACAUCUUCCAGUGGUACAACUGCUUUUAAAUUCAGGAGCAGAAGUGGAUGCUGUUGGAAUGUACUCAUCCACCGCCUUGAUGCUUGCCACACGUGGAAACUUCCUCCAAGUGGUUGACUUACUUUUAACAAGAGAACCAAAUGUCAAUGUUGCUGAUCAGAAUGGAUUGACUGCGUUGGGAAUGGCUGCUCGAGAUGGAUAUGCUGAUAUCUGCGAAUCGCUUAUCAAUUCUGGUGCUUUUGUCAACCAAUGUGAUCGGUAUUUAAUUGAAUUAUUUGCGCUUUUACUGUAUUUUCUUUUCAGAUUCGGUAACUGGAUUCUUACGUCAGCUGUGAGGAGUGGAAAUGCUGCGAUAGUUCGAAUGGUUCUUGACAAAUUUGCAGAUAUUAAUUGUCAGGAUUCGGAAAAACGAACACCUCUUCAUUUGGCAAUUGAUAAGUCUUUCAACGACAUCGCUUACAUUUUGUUAGAGAAGAAACCAAAUCUGGAAUUGAAGAAUAAGGACGGAGAAACUCCUCUCCUUCGCGCUGCCAAAUGUAGACAUGUUCAUCUUUGUACCUACCUUAUGAGUUUCGGCGCGAAACUUGCUGCAGUUGAUAAUUGCGGAGACAAUGCCCUCCAUUUGGCUCUUCGUGCUCGCAGUCGACGAUUGACACAAGCUUUACUAUCCAACCCAUCAGACUCUCGAUUACUGUACCGCCCAAACAAGUUGGGUCAAACACCGUAUUCAAUCGAUUUGUCGAAUCCGCAGCCAAUUCUUCCACUUAUUUUCGGACCGAUUGAUGCAGAAGACAAGAUGGACACAGCUAUGGGAUACGAUGUGUAUUCAAAUGUGCUAGCUGAUAUUGUAUGUGAGCCAUCCUUGUCUCUUCCACUUACGAUUGGUCUCUAUGCAAAAUGGGGAUCGGGAAAGUCUGCACUUCUGGCUAAACUAAAAGAAGCAAUGCAUAGUUUUUCGAGAGAUUGGCUCGAUGGAGUUUCACUUUCUCUCUCUUUUGCACUGUUCUUUGCAAUCUUCACAAUCAUCGGAAUGUUCUCACUCACCUUCACAAUGAUGAUCGCAAUUUCCAAUUCAAUCACGCAUAUCUCGUUUCAUGGGCUAUUUUUCUCUUCAUAUUUAUCGUUUUCUGUGCCCUCCUCAUUGUGGUUUACUAUGGAGAUCGAAAGAAUUGGUACACAUCAAUGGAUGUUAGUUCUUCGUUUUUUUUUCAGCCUGCGUUUUAUCAGAAAAAUGUUCCAGAUCGCAAAUUUCUUCGCCCGCGUAUUCAGUCGAGUCAGACUAGUUUACAAUAUUUUGACACUUCAUGCUCCAAUGAAUAGUGAGGAUAGUGCAAGUAUGCCUGUCAGCUUUCUGUUCGCGGAUUAUCAUCGUCUCUCUUCAAUUGGAGGUGAACAAGCUCUCGCCAAAAUCGUAGCAACUCUUUUCGAAGCAGCCGAAACUCAUUUUGGAGUACUUCCUGUUCGGUUGUUCUGCUCCAUGAAGCCACCAUAUCAUUACAUAGACACUGGAUUUGGAUACACUUCUCCAUUUUCGCGUACUACUUACCGUAGUUUACAGCAACAAAAUGCUCAACAGCAAGCUGGAACCCAUGGAUCGCUCCGUCGUCACUGUGGUGUUCCUCAUGUCAUCCUUCUCAUUGUUUGCAUUUUUCUUCUCAUAAUGGCCCAAGUUUUUGGAACGAUUUGGCUUCUCUCCAAUCGCGAUCCAAACAGCCUCAAUCUGUUCAUAGCUGUUGCAUUUUUAUGUGGAUUUGUUAUGAUUGCCAUAUAUCCCAUUGGACUCGUUAUCAUGUAUUCAUGGACGAAUGUCCCAAGACGAAGAGUUAAUGCUGCAGCUCGAAACGCCCACAAGUUGAGAUUCGAAGGUUUGAUGCAAAAACUACAGACAGAAGUGGAUCUUCUAGCCGAUAUGAUCCGUUCUCUCGACGCCUUCACUCGCAGUCACACUCGUCUUGUUGUAGUUGUGGACGGAUUGGAUAAUUGUGAGCAAGAAAGAAUGGUACAGACGUUGGAUGCUCUCGAACUUCUUUUCUCUGCUCGUAAACACCGUCCAUUCAUCACUAUCAUUGCUGUUGAUCCUCAUGUUAUCGUCUCAGCGAUCAAUCACAACAUGCAUUCCGCACUAUCGGGGACAGAAUUGACUGGACAUGACUACUUGAAGAAUAUCAUCAGUAUGCCAUUCUAUUUGCACAAUUCUGCUCUUAGACAACUUCAAUCGAAACUUCGAGAGAAGAGAGAAUCUAUGGCCGAAUGGAAAGAACGAUUCAAACGACAGGACACAUUCUAUGGAUCACACCUUUCACUGAGAGAAGCUGAUGGUCGGACUAGUCGGAAGUCCAAAGAUGCUGAAACAAAAAGAAGUUUUCAGAAAUCAACAGUGCCAAACAUGAAUUCUACGAGUGUAGUUGGACGAAAUCUGAAUGACGGAAUCCUCGGUGAAGACUACUUCUCCAACAUGAAUCCACGUGCAAUGAGAAGAAUUAUGAACGCUCUAACUCUCACUGGACGUUUGAUGAGAGCAUUUGAAAUCGAUUUCUCGUGGAUGUCGCUAGGUCAUUGGGUAUCACUUCUGGAGCAGUGGCCGUCUCGCAUGUGUUGGCUGAUCGACAGAGCUCUUGAAGUGCACAACAAUCAAUUGCUCCUUUCGGAAGUGUAUCAUCAGCUGAAGGACCACAUUCCAGCUCAAGAUGAUCUGAUGCAAUUGGACAGAAAUCUGGAGAACUUUGAAGGAUUUUUAGAUUCUAAAGGAAUUCCGAUUGCGGAGAGAUUGACUGUUGGACAUGUGAAGAAGUUCGUUCCAUGUACAAGUAGUUUGGAUCCAUAUUUGAGAAAAUUGAUAAGAGAGAGGAGCAAAGGAUUGGUGGAUAUUGAGGCACAAGUUGGAAGUGCUGGAAUGGCUAUUCCACCGAAUGCACGUCUUCUUUUCAAUGAUGAACUAACGUGGAUGUCUAUCGAUACACCUCUUGUGGAGAUGAAACUGGAUUCUGUUGUCAAUCUCAUUCGCAAAUUGGACGUUCCAUCGAACCGUCUCGACUCAAUUCUCGAUCGCUUCUACAAACUGAAUCUGUGUGGUCUCGUUCUCGCCACGUGUCCACUUCCGGAACUCAAAGAGAGCAUGCUUCUACCACUUGGAGACUGGACACUAAUUCGUUUGUUGGUUGAAACACUCAAAGUGUUCGGAUCUUCGCCUCCUGGACUGCGAGUGGAUAAGAGAAAGGCAUUGACACUUCGAGAAGAAGACGAAGAAGAUGAGAUCGAGGAGGCUGCUGAAGCUGCAUUGAACUCUGAACGAGAACGAGCGCCAUUGCUAGGAUCGGUUAGAGCAGAACAGAGGCGGAGGUCUACAAUUGUGCAGAAUGCGACAGAGUUGAGCAUUGAUCACAAAUGUUUGAUGGAGAAGCUAUCAGGAAUGGAUUUGACUGAAACGGAAGGCGAUGUCAAUGAAUUACACUUCUCUCACUUUUCGUCAUCUACUGAUGGUCCAUCUCCAAUGGCCGAUGGCUUUAUUCCAGCUUCAGUUUCAGCCGCUCCUUCGGUUAGGUUCGAAGACAACAUCAACGAUUUGGAGCGAGAUGCUUCUGAUGCAGACAGCACACAAUCUCGAUACGAUUCAAAAGAAAAUCUCCUUGAAGAGGAACGAAGUCACUCUCCACCAGCUCAUGUGGACUUGAUGAGAUUCGACAGUGGAAACACCAGCAGUGAUUUCGUACGGUCCAGUUACCGUACCUCUUCAAAAUAUCGUAGAAUGAGCCGAGGCGAUCUGAUGAGAGGAAUGCAUCAGAACGACACGAUUCGAAGCAGUCUCGAUCAGGGAACCGGUGCUGCACCGAGCUCAUCAAGUUUGAUGGCAUCAGAUGAAGAUUUGGUAAUUUGGAAUACUCGAAACCGUAAUCUUAAUACAUAUUUUCAGAAUCAACAAACUGUACAACGACGUGGUGGCGAUGAUUUUGAACGUAUCCAACUUGAGCAACUGUUCCACCGACAAUCUGAUGCAUAA